AAUUUGUCAAAAUGACAGAAUAUUAACAGAUCUAAACAUGGCGAUCGGAGUAGAUGUUUCAAAAAGAAAACCUCGGCAAGUAACCGGUACUCCAUCAGCCAGAGCCAGAAAUAUAUUGGGAAUUGGAAUAUUGACCGUUGGAAUAAUUUGCGGUGCUGUUUACCAUUUUGCUCUCGUUCCCACAAAACUUUUGCAAUUCGCCGAAAAAGUUUACGUAGACCCAAUCGAAGAAAUAGAAAGAAAACAAGUUAUUGCAUCAGGUUUGCUUCCUAGAACGGGUGAUCAAAUUAGAAAGAUGAUAGAAGAAGAACAGAGGCCAGAUUUGCCGCACAAAUAGGAUGAAUAUAGAUAAAUUUAGUAAUAGUGCAACCACAUCAAAAACUGAAGUUAUUAGUAAAUAUUUCUCCAAAGAAGAUGACAGAGACGACAGUUUAUUAGAGUUCCAAGAGAAAAAGAAGAAUGUAGCUGGUCCAAAAACUAUAAAACCUAAAACGAAAAAGAAGCAAACAAAGCAGUCAAAAGCACAGAGAGAUAUUAGAAAUUUAUUGAAUCCCAAAAGGAAUGAAUUAAUAAAGUAUUCUAAAGAUUUUGAUCAUUUGUGUAAGCAAUCUGGUAUUGAUGUGGACCCUGAACAACUCCAGCUGGCUGUGGUACUAUCAAAAUCUCUCCAAGACUCAGAAAAUGUAACACCUAAAUUAGGUGAUGAAUCAAAACCAUUAUCAUCACAAGAAAGAACAUUAAAAAUAAGGAAAACAUUACAAGAGUAUGGAUUUAAAGUUCCACAAAAUGUCAUAGUAAAGAAAGGUGGUAGAAAGCUGAAAAAAAAUUAUAAACUGCUAUUGCUGUCUAAUACUGAGAAAGAACAAAUUAUAUCAGACAGAUAUAGUCAAGUUCUACUUAAUUCUUGUAAAACUAUACACCAUACAUUACAUAAUAUAUCUAAUGACACCCUAUAUUAUAAAGCGACUAAUAUAUCUUAUGAAGAUUUGAAAAACGAUGAUCUAUUAGUAUUAGAGCCUCUUGAAAAACCGUCAAAUGAUUUAAAUUUGUUACGAAGUUGGGUAGAAAUACCUGGUAGACCGGCAAGUCCAGUUUUUGAGGGGCCAUACAUUAGUUUUAAGGAUAUACAAUGUUCCCAAGAUCAGCUAGAUAUUCUAUUAAGUGGUUCUAUUAAAAGAUCUCAUGAAAUCAUUCAAAGGAAGCUCAUAGAUAAUGCAGAAGUAUCUUAUUCUCAUAUAAAUGAAGAUUUUAUUCACCAAAUAAAUAAUCCAGAUAUGAAGAUAGACAAAAUUAAUUCUAAGUGUGAUACUCAGAUGUCAAAUACAGUAAAAACAUUAUUAUCACCUGAACUGGAAAGGAGUAAAUCACCUGAUAUGUUUGAUGAUGAAGUCUCAUCAAUAAUGGACGAAGAAACGGAAAAACCUAUUGACAAUAAAUACAAAACAAUUAUAAGUCAUGAUACAAUGGAUCUUACUGAAUGUGUCAAUAUAAGUAAUAAUACAAAUAUUAAGUUACCAGUAUUAAAUGCUACAAGAAAGAAAUCUAAUGACUUCAUGGAAAUUACUGAUUGUGUUGUACAAACUAAUCAACAAAAUCUUCAUUUUGAAGAAAUAGACCUUACUCAAGAACCAAAUGACAACAAUGAUAGUAUUUCUUUUAAACAUUGUAUCAAAGAAAAUUCCCCAGAUUCAAACUUAAUAUGUGUUAUUGAUGAAACAAAUGAAGAUUUAAAUGAAUCAGAUAAAAAUGAAACUAUCAUUGAAGGUGCUAAGAUAAAUUGUACAGUUAAUAAUAAUAUAGUAGUAGAAGAUAGUGUACUAGAAAAUUAUAAUGAAAGUAAUCACAUCAAUAAUAAUUCAAACGAUUUAGUUAACAUUUUGGAUUCCAGUGAUGAUGAAUUACCAGAUAUAAAAAUCAGUGGAAAAAAUAUGUCAUUGGAUGAUAAUAUAAUAAUCAAUGAAGAUUGCAAGAAAGCAGACAAAUCAAACUUUGACUUAGAGGAUAAUCAUGAUCCAGUUUUUGAUUUAACAUCAGAAGAACAGAAACCUUCAUGUAGUUAUAAAACAGUAGAAAAUAGUAAUAAUUAUAACAAUUACUAUAGAAAUAAUGUUAAUAGUAGUAAUAAUGAAACUGGGCUAUAUAAAGAAAAACUUGAUCUCAUAUUAUCACCUGAAAAUGAUUUAAAUCAACCAUCAUGUAGUUAUAUUGCCAAAAUCGAUAAUAAUAGUAAUAGUAGUCAUAGUAGUAGUCGCACAAUAAUUUUAAACAAUAUUCUUGAUGUUGAAAACACUGAUGAUGAUGUUUAUCAUACUAAAUGUAGUAAUCUGAACUCAAUAGAAAAUAAAAAUGAUGUUAAAAAACUUGAAAUAAUGAACAGAAAGAGUAGUGAUGAUCAUGAAAUUGAAAAUUAUGAUGAUCAUAUCAUCUUUAGUCAAUCAUCAAAUUCAAUAUUUUCUGAUAAUGACAUAGAAGAACAAUCACAGGACAUGGCAUUAAAUAAUGAUGAAAAUAGUGGUCUUGAAGUUAUAAAUAAUGUUAAUAAUGAAGAAAGUGAUGAAGACACUGAGCCUUACGAUAAUGUUGACCUUACGCUAUCUUCGAAUUCAAGUGUCAAUGAAAAUACGCAAUCCAUGAGUAAUAAUUAUGUAUCAAAUCUACCCUCGUGUUCUGGAAGCUUUGUAAAUCUAGGCAAAAUAAAUGAUAAAUCAGUUGAUUAUGAUGAAAUGUUUGAUGAUGUUGUAGAAAAUUUCUCUAAUGUAUCCAAAUCAAGUACAAAAUCAGAAAAUCAUAAUAAACCAAAUAUUAGUAUUAGUAAUGAGCAAAAAGCAUCAACUUCAAGUUAUCAAUCUGUAUCUAUUGAAAUUUCUGAUAAAGGAGUAAAUGAUUCAACUAAUGCAGUCAUACAAGAGAAUUUCGAUUUCGGAGGUAUUUCAGUACUAGACAACUUUGUAGGUGACGAAAAAUCAAACAGAGAUAGUUUGCCAUCUGUUAAUGUUAAACAAACUGAAAACGAUACACAACAAAGUUCCCCACUUCAUAGUAAUGAGCAUUUUGAUAGGAUGAAAACACCAGAUAAUGAAUACAUAGUAAAAGUUGAUCAAGUAACACCUAAGCCAGAUUAUGAAGCUAUGUCAACUCCGGAAAUGCAUCGAGAACUGGACAAAUAUGGGGUUAAACCAUUUAAAAGAAAAAGAGCUAUAAAACUUUUAACAUACAUUUACGACCAAACACAUCCUUUCGUAGAAUCUUGUAUAGAAGAAACAUUAUCUCCAUCAAAAAAACUGAAAACUUCUCAUCCUCUUCAAGAGAUAUCAAAAUCUCCAGAAAAGUUACCACAAAAUGAUGUUUUGAUGAUUGAAAAAGAGAAUACUUGUAUAUAUGUGCAAACUAAUGACAGGCCAAUUAUUAAAGAUAUUGAAUGUAGUCCAGAAGAUUGGGUGUUUCAGAAAAGAGAAAAGGCCAAGAUACAUUCCUGUCGAGUACCAUUGCAUAUAGCAUUUCACAAUUACGUUUCCUGUCGCAGAUUGUUACGGGAAGCUAUAUUGUGCUAUGAACCCAUCAACAUAGAUAUUGUACAUAAGGAUUUAGUUGCUAGUGGAUAUAAAUAUAAUCCUAAGGAUCUUUUAAAAUUCAUGGACAAAAAAUGCAUAACAGUCAAGACUGCAGACAAUAAUGCUAGGAACAAGAGAUGACAUUAUACCUCUUUUGUUACGUUGGACAAGUACAAUAUAAGAGUUAUUGCAUUUUUAUGUAAAUUGUAAAUGUACGGAUAAUAAAUACGAUUAUUUUAUA